CAUAGUCUCUCUUUGUUCUCUCUUCUCUCUCUCUGUUAAUUUGCUGUCACUCUAUGUUGUCUUUUUUGGGGGGUUUGUUUGUGCAUCAAUCCUAGUCACACAUCUGAUGAUUCAGUAAUGAUUCUGGACCAUCUUGUUAAGAUGCCAACGAACACUCAUUACUACUCUUCCAGGGCUGUCACUCAAACACUGUUUUCAUAUUCAUUUCUACUCAUAUUUAUUCAUUGACUGCAUUGUAGCCAGUCCAUCUGUUAGGGUAUUUUGUUUUAUAUUCUCAAGUCUGCUAAAUAACAAAAAAUAAUUUGAGUGCCAGUCUGUAUUUUUGUUCAUACUUUAGAUGAAUCUGUCAUUGACAACUGUGCAUCAAUUUGCUGUGGUGCUCCAGAGGUCAACCAUGUCUUCAUCUAUAUCAUGUUUUAAUCAAGCCUUGGUGCCUUGGAUAUUUGAAAAAUGAGCUUUCCUUUCAUGUGAAUGCAUUCUUCAUCCUCUCAGAUCAUUGCAUAUGCCUUUUAAAUUGCCCUUUCCACAUCUACUAAAUAGCCUUGGGAAGGAAGGAUUAUGUUAAUUACAUUGAAUUUGACAUUGAAAAGCAAUUUCUUUGCCUGAGCAUUUAAGUUCUUAGAGGAAACAUGUAUACUUACACUCAUGUACAAAAUGUUUACUGCAAUUAACUGCCAUUGAGAUUGUUUUAAUUAAUGCGAACAAAAAAUAAUAUAGUGUUAAUAAAUGUUAUCCACACAAAGAAACCGUAUCUUAUACAUUUGUUUUUAAGAAUCGCACGGACUGCAGACAGUAGCUCGUGCGUUUCCACGAUGAAGCCUGCAGUUUGUGUGUGUGGAUGCGUGUGUGUGUAUGCGCGCUCGCGCUGAGAGAGCGGGUUCAGUACGUCUAGUACACAGGAUAGCGGCACUCAUGGGUACUCACAGAAACACCCUGGCGAUUUCUAUCACCGUUUAGCACCACUGAAGGUGAGACAUUUAUUCCGGGCACGUACCUAACAGCGGACUGUCCUGAAGCCCCUAGGAAUCUCGCGCUCUAGUAGAGUGAGAGAGAGUAGCGCGCGCGCUGCACGGACCGCAGUGGAAUGUAGCGGGGAUUCCCGGCGUGCGGGGCAAGAGCUAUCAAUCAUUCAUCAACGCCCCAAGAAAACACCUGAGUAGGUGGAGCAUGGCCAGUGGGAGUGGCUGGGGUUACUAUGCCUAAAGGCACGUGGCGAUGGUGUCCAUGGAGACAGAUGGCAGCUUCACUGAGGGCCACAGUCUGUCCCUCUUACAGGCAGAAGAUAGCGUGGGGGCCGGACUCGCACAGCAGGAGGGGACGUGGCUCGGCUUCCGGGCUACAGUGAGUGCUGUGCUGCUGCUGGAGCUGCUUCUGGGGGUGGGUGGUAAUCUGACUGUGCUGGUGUUAUACUGUGGUCACUGCAGUCUGCUGGAGUCCGUCAGCCAUGCUGUCACGCUCAGCCUGCACACCCUUGACCUGCUGCUCUGUCUCCUCUGCCUGCCGAUCACUGCCACGCUCCUCAUACUGGGCGGAGCCUCGGUUCCUCACCACGCCCUCCUCUGCUGUCUUCACGAAUCGGCAGCCAGCUUCGCCAGCGUAGGCACCGCGCUUAACCUGCUGCUCAUCAGCUUAGAUCGCUAUGACAUCAGCGUCCGGCCAGCCAAUCGCCUGCUGACGCCUCGAAGGGCAACCGUUUUGCUUGUUGCAGUGUGGGCGAUUUCCUUAGCCAUGCCACUCCUACCAUUCGUGGAGGCGGGGUUUGUGUCAGGCAAAGGCGAGGGGCUAUUUGUGCACUCUAAUAGCACUGUGCUUUGUUCGGAGUGGGGAGGAACUCUGCAAGCUCAUCUGUUACUACAGGUUCCUGUGUUCCUGUGCUCUCUUGCUGUGAUGCUGUUUACAUACUCCCGAAUUCUUCAGGCACUGCGCAUCCGCAUCGGACGCACGCCCAGGUCCCAUCGAGACAGCAAACGACCUGGUCCUGGACAUCGCCUCUGGUUACGCUGUAAAAGGUCAAUGAGGUCGCCGGAUCACAUUACGAGAAACACACCCACUUCCCCCGCGCCACUUUCAACCGGACCGCUUAUCACCUCAGAUGCAGUUACCACAGUAACCAUCAACACUGAGACGAACACUCCCUCGCUCACCACACCCCUUAGCCCCACCCCCACUGUGUCUGUGAUAACCUCUCCUUUAAGCCCCACCCCCACUGCAUCCAUGGCAACCACACCUUUGAGUCCCGCCACAUCUGUGUCUGUCAUAACAAGCCCCCACAUUCCCACACCUGCUACAUCAUUAGUGAACACACCUUUGAGUCCCAUGCCCACUGUGUCUACAGUUACCACUCAGCUAAGUCCCGCCCCCGUCCAGGGUCCGCCUAGCAUGGGUGUGGGCGCGUCAGUGUCGGCCAUUUUGGCUCUGCGUCGAGCGGUUCGGCGCCACCGAGAUCGACGGGAACGUCAAAGGCGAGUCUUUCGCAUGUCCGUCAUCAUCAUCCUCUCCUUUCUGCUAUGCUGGGCGCCUCUCUCCAUCAUGCCCCUUCUCAUGCUGGCCAUCGGGCCAUCUGAUUGGCUAGAACGGCUGAGACUCUGCUUUCUGGUGCUCGCUUAUUGGACGGUAGUGCUACAUCCGCUGCUGUACGCUUUCACGCGCCAAAAACUGCGCAAAGUUCUGCAUACCCGUCUGCGCAGGCUGCGGCCGCAAAACACGCAGACUCGUAUUCGCACUAAUACCAGGAUCCGUCGCAAGCACGGGGCAGAUUGCAGCGAUGCUCCUGACCGCUGCCUGACGGAGGCUGUUAGAGAGUGAGUGUUUGUGUGUUUGUGUGUUUGUGGUUUAUAACUAGGCUCACACGGAAUCUGAAUGCGUAUUUCCUUGCGUACACGACCUUCCGUCCAUUUAUUAAAUAUUUUGGAUAAUUUAAUUAUGCUUUUAGUUGCUAAUAUGAUUAUUUUCAGCUCCAUUUAACAUAUUUCACCAUGUUUAAAUCCAAGGCCAAAACCAUGUUUUUGGAUAUUGGGGGGGGGGGGGGGGUCUUUAUAUUUAAAGGAAUUAAAUAAAGUAUUUAAAGUAAUCAAUUUGAACAAUUUACGAAUAAUAUUUUUAUUUAAAAAUCUGCACACAUUCACUCUUAAGGCCCAGGUAUACUUUAUUUUCCACAUAAUGCUCCAUCUCACACACAGCUAAAAGUAUACUCUUUUGACUGUGAGCGUGGACAGAUGUGUUCGACUUAGUGUACCAUUUUCUUUUCAAGCACUCGAAUCACUCACACAUGCGAGUCUACGCAGACACAAAAAUCGGGCUACAUGCAGACAGUGUGACAUCAGGGGACUGUGCUGAUGAACGAAAUUAUGAAUUUAGAAUAGGGGGAACGUCGACAAGUGAAGUAUACUUUCAGUUCUCUGCCUAAUCGUAUGCCGAAUAUGGUUAAUGUUUCUUUUCUCAUCACAUUCAAUUAUGAAUUAAUACAUGAAUCAAGUAAAUGAUAGCCUAUAUUUUCAAUUCAAAACAGCAAUAUUAACAAUUCUAUCCUGAAACAGUUAAAUGUUUAUAACUACUUACAUCUUAUCUUGCACUUUCAGCCUUAAAACUGAAGAUUCAAGCUAGAUUUCGCACUCAUCUUCUGUGAAGUUUCUUUGAUUAAAAAAAGAUUUUUAAAAACUUUUAUCAUACUAACAACAGAGUGGUGCACAAUGGAUAAAGAAUAUCAAAUAUUGAGGGGAUAAUUUGGCCAUGUCUUAUUUUUUUUGGGGGGGGGGGGGUUCUAUUUGCAGUUACAGGCCUGUUUAAAUGCAUUCUUCAGAUUUUCCCCACAUGAGAAAAAAAAAAGAAAGUCAGAAGAUUCCGCCUGGGCCUAUUUAUGACUGUAGGUAAAAGGUGUAUGCACUGUGCAGGAAACCAUUAAUGUGUUAGAUGUGUUAGAUGAUAUGUGUGACUUGCUCACCUCUAUAAAGGAAAUUUAAAAAAAAAACCUUGGUAGGUCUCUAUUGUCCACGAGUGUGUAGUAUCAUUGGCAACUAAUCAGCACAGGGUUUCUAAAGCACACUGAACUCUGAGGUCAACAGGGCACUGUCUAAUUAACCAGUAGAGCACAAAUCUUCCCAUGGUGCUAGGGAAAAGGGUGAGACUGAGAGUAACCUACAGGUGUGAGUCUGCAAGAGGCCAUGUGCAAUAAAUUCCAAAUCCAGGUUAUGCAUCGCAUGAUUUCCAUAUAAAUUAAUACCGAUUUAUUGAAUUCAUUGUGUGGUGUGAAAAGUAACCGUCUAUCCACCAGUACACAUACAUUUGCACAUAUUUUACAGUGUGCUUCUCACUGAUAGUCUAGAGAGCAAUAGAUUUAUCAUUGUGUUUAUUAAUGUAUAUGAUCAGGGAUGUAAAUAGUCACUAAUAUUUCUGUGGUUUGAAACUGCAGCCAAUUUGAAUUCUGCUCUACCAAGGGCAUGCAUACUGGUUCGAUCAGUCUCUGAAAAUAUUGACAAAACAACUUUUACAAAUUCGAAAUUAAUUUAUUUUAUUUGUGUCCCGUAUAUGUAUAUCUUGUCAGUGCUGUACAUUAUUUCACUUUGAGAUGGUUAUUGUAUUACUUUACAAUAGAGGAGCAAUAAGUCUGAAUUACAGUAAUAAAAAGAUUCAGCCUC